ACGUUGUGCUAAACACGUCCUGUUUGAUUGAUGAAAUAAUCAAAUCAAAUAUUUAUUUGCAAAAUCAUUUACAUGUCCAUUGCCAAGUAACUUGUCGUAGGUUACACAGCUUUAUACAACAUCAUAAUACAGGAAUAUAUAAUAUAAACCAGUUUUCAGAUAAUCUAGUUAAACCGAGUGAAGGUUAUGAACAAACAAUGGAAUUUUAUCCUGGAAUAUCAAAUGGAAGACCAAAGAAUCCUGAUUAUUCCAUGACAACGGAAAGAUUGGCAACGUUCAAAACCUGGUCACCAAAUGGGAUCGUUAUUGAAGAACUCUCAAAGGCUGGAUUUUAUGCUACAGGACGCCAAGACUCUGUAAGAUGCUUUUACUGCGGAGGAGGAAUGCAACACUGGCAACAGGAUGAUGAUCCUUGGAUCGAACAUGCUACACAUUUCCCAGAUUGUGACUAUUUGAAGCUAUGUGUAGGGGAAGAGUUUAUAAAAAGGGCACAGUAUGAGAAUGAAAAAGUAACACAGGAAUCUUCAUGCGAACACAUGAAAAAACGUCUUGUUCCUGACCAGCUGAUAGAAGAUCUGAAUAGUAAGGCAUCUUUGCUUCUUAUGGACAAAGGGUACAAGCAAGAGGAUGUUGAACAUGCGAUUGAAAGAGCAAGAGAAAAGCAUGGUUAGUUAAACUUGUGAGAU